GGAGAAAAUGAAAUGAAAAAAAUAAAAUAUUUGAAUGCAAUUUAAACUUGUUUCUCAGUGUAAUACCAGUUGUCGAACAUUUAAGAGAUCGCUGAGUGGAUUGAGAAAGAAAAAAGAAAUAAAUAAAUAUUUUUCGUAUCUUCUGAUUAUUUAUUUAAAUUUGAACAGUGAACAAAUAAAAGUAAUCUGUUAAAACUAUGCCAGAGGCAGCAAAAAUCGAAGUUCAUAUUGAUAAAAGUUCUGAAAUCCAAGACAUGCAAUCCCAUCAAGAAGAUGAUGAUAUUGCAAAAACUUCGUCUGAACUCGACCGUAUUCUGAGUAACGGGCGCGAUUUUUCGCCAAUUUCCUACGAGGAAAAUAAUUUUGAAUGUCACGAAAGUUUUUUUGAGAAUUUUCAUGCUGGGUAUAAGCGUGAAUCCGAUCAUAGAAUAUUCGUCAAUCGUUCCCUUCAUCUCGAAAAUAUUAAAUUCUAUGGCUUCGAUAUGGAUUAUACUCUAGCGGAAUAUAAUUCCCCACAGUAUGAGCAAUUAGGAUUCGAUUUAAUGAAGAAACGGCUCGUGGAUUUGGGGUAUCCAGAAGAAAUUAUGCUUUUCGAAUAUGAUCCAGCAUUUCCCAUUCGUGGACUUUGGUUUGAUUCGCAUUUUGGAAAUUUAUUAAAAGUUGAUGCUUAUGGAAAUAUUCUCGUUUGUGUGCAUGGAUUUGAGUUUUUGAAACAUUCCAAAAUUUACGAGCUUUAUCCAAACAAGUUCCUCCAGUUGGACGAGUCACGCGUUUAUGUUCUCAACACGUUGUUCAAUCUCCCCGAGACUUACAUGUAUGCAUGUCUUGUUGAUUUCUUCACCAAUUCUCCAAGGUAUCAGCGUGAUAAGACGGGAGUUAAAUGUGGCGAACUUUUCAUGUCAUUCAAGUCAAUCUAUCAAGAUGUGCGUAAUGCUGUCGAUUGGGUUCAUAUUCACGGUGAAUUGAAAUCAAAAACCGUGGAAAAUCUCGAGUUUUAUGUGAAGAAAGAUCCACGAUUACUGUUGGUUCUCGAUAGAAUUCGUCAGUCUGGCGCCAAAGUUUUUCUGCUUACAAAUAGCGAUUAUAAGUUCACUAAUAAAAUUAUGACGUAUUUGUUUGAUUAUCCGCAUGGUCCGCGGGCAGAAGAUGCGCAUAGAGAUUGGAAAAGUUAUUUCAACAUUAUCGUGGUGGAUGCUAAGAAGCCGCUUUUCUUCGGUGAAGGAACAAUUCUACGACAAGUCGACACAGCGACUGGCGCUCUCAAGGUCGGCACAUAUCUUGGUUCACUUCAAGAAGGUCAAGUUUACUCAGGCGGAUCUUGCGAUGUCUUCACAGCGCUUAUCGGCGCGAAAGGCAAAGAUGUUCUUUAUGUUGGUGAUCACAUCUUUGGUGAUAUUUUAAAAAGUAAGAAAAUUCGUGGCUGGCGAACGUUUUUGAUUAUUCCAGAGUUGGGACAAGAACUUCAUGUGUGGACUGACGAAUAUAAAUUGUUCCACGAACUUCAACAACUUGACAUUAAACUUGGUGAACUCUACAAAAAUUUAGAUUCAAGCGCUAAAGAAAAACCUGACAUUAGCAACGUUCGAACGAACAUCCAAAAGGUUACGCACACAAUGGAUCUUUCCUAUGGCAUGUUGGGUUCACUUUUCCGCUCAGGUUCACGUCAAACUUUCUUCUCUAGUCAAGUGGUUCGAUAUGCGGAUCUUUAUGCAGCGACUUUCUUGAAUCUUGAAUAUUAUCCAUUCAGUUAUAUGUUCAGAGCUCCAGCGAUGCUGUUACCACAUGAGUCGACUGUCGCACACGCACACGAGCAACGACUCACAGAUCAACAGGAACCGAAAUUCUCACGAAUGCGAUCAAUUGUCACAACGAAAAAUGAACAUUUUGAGCACAGCGAGAGUCUCGUUCACACACGUCCAACGACUCCAACAACAAUUACACAUUGUCACGAUGAAGACAUGGCUGAAGACGAAGAUUCUGAUAAGAAGUCGGAACGAUCUGAUGAAACUAACUAAAAAAAAUUCAUUUCGUACUUUUCUCUCGAAUUGGUACAAAAUCUUAUUAAGUCAUUCAGAUUUAUUUUUUAUUUUUGUUACAUAAAUUAAUCUAUCGAUUGCGUAUUGUAUUGUCAGACAUAGAAGAACACACACACAAAAGAAAAUUAAUUUUUAUGAUGGAAAACUUCCUGAAAAUGAAGAAGAAUUUCCCAAAAUGUGAAACUGUUGGUGGUCUUUUAAAUAAAAUUUUGGGAUGAACUCUUCACCCAUUCAUUCGUUCGUAACUCUUCUCAAAUUAUAUACCCUACUUUCGAAUGAUCCCUAAAGGAAAUCAUUAUAAAAAUUCCAGCUCAACCAAAUAAAAAUGAAUAUAAAUCGAAUUUUAAAAAGUUGUUCAUGUCAGCAGUUUUUACAGAUUCGAUAAUGCUCUGCAGACUAUUAGUUGACAUGACAAGCACACAAGAAAGAAGAAGAAGUAGUUGUUUAAAAAAAAUAUACAAAAGCAAUUAGUUAAUUAAGGUAUACUUAUUGAGUGAAUUUCAUAGAAUGUAAAAUAAAGAAAAGAAAUAAAAUUUGAAUUUUUUAAAAGGA